CUGGGCACCGUAGGGUCAAAAUGAAGACUGAGAUAAUAAGGAGUCCGCUACUCCUACUCAAACUACCAUUAACCACCCCGGGCACGUGUUCAAGUCCGCUUUACAAUCCCAGGCUUCACCCAUCAUUAACAAUUUCCCCAUUAUCUACAAUUUUGGUGCUGCAAUUAUUUUGGAUAAGAUUCCAAAUGGUCGGAAUCGGCGUGUUCGUUUUGCUGCAGUCACCAGCUGUUUACAAACAUCGCCAGGAAGCCAUCCAUUUCAGCGACUAAUGUCGGCGGCAGCAAAUUUUUUUCCUUGAAAGGAAAUUGUUCCGGAUCCAUCCACGGUACCAUACGGAAAACAAAUAUUGAAUGGCGCAAAUGCUUGUGCUGGAUGUUAAAGGAGAGAAUGGUGCAGUUCCAAGCAAUUUUGUAGCAUUUUCUGGGAAUCUGCAUCAGUAAUUAUCACACAUAAUUACUGUUUUAUUGCACCUGUUAUUUGCACUGUUUAUUUUUAUUUUUUAAAUUUUGCAUUGUUUGCAUUCAUUUUAUUAGUGGGGGGGGGAGUGGAUAAGAAAAAAAAUCCCACUUAGCAAAACCGAGCUACUCUUACCAACUAGAAUUAAAACAUCAAGGUUUAGCCUGUCAAAAAUAAUGAGGAUAACAAAGAAACAUUGACCAUCCAUCCUGGCUGAAUCAUAUUUAUGGAUGGGCAAAAUUUGCAUAAUUUCAUUCUUUGCGAGCGUGUGAUUUACCCCUUAUAAAACUGAACAUCUGAUGCAGCAAGAUUUAAUCAGCAAAUUGACUUGCAGUGUGUUCAGAGUACACAGAUGGGCCAACACUGAUUUUAGACAGAGAAAUCACAAAAUGGGAAAUAUGUAAACACUCACUGAAUCAGAAGUAUAUUACAUAUAUUCAAAAUAUGUGGGAAAAUGGUAUGGAAUUGAUUUUUAAUGUCACCUACUGGUCAUAUGCCAACAUUCAAACAUUCUAACAUUAAUGUGAGAAAAUGAGCAUUGCUGUCACUCAAAGGACAAGUAAACAUAUUAUUUAUAGUAGUUUUCUUGUCCUUCAUUCAGGAACAUUUUGUGUCCCAGUAACCCUGACUACAUGGUAGACUCCAGUACUGCUAUUGGUAUAUUAUUUUGGUCCCUCACUUAACUUCUCAUGUUCGUCCAAUUAAUUUGUUCACUUGUCCACUUAAAUGGAAUGCGUUCAUGUUUUCUUUUGUGUGGUGCUGUACUCAGCCCAAAUGGUUUCCUUAACUACCAAAACUGUCCAUUACAAGUGUCACAUAGAUCUGUUUGUUGGUCCAUCAGAGAGGAUUCUUACACAACAUUUUUGACAAAAUCAUAUUCAGCUGACAGAUGUCUGUGUGUUUUCCAUAUGUAUAUCAAGGCAGUUGCAUUUUAACUUAAUGAGUUUGUGUUGUGGUUUCCUCCCAUUGGAGAUAGGGGAUUUCUCACGGCAAUAACUUCCUGGCAUUUUUACAGUUAUAGCUCACCCAAGGGAGUAGAAACUGGGGAGAUGGGGUGGAUGUGCCCCUCACCCAAUAAUUAAUUUGGCUUCAUUCAUUCCCCAGUAAACAGACCAUAGUAUUUAAAUUAUGUUGUGUGCCCUCCAAUCCAAACUCUCUCCUUCACCAUUGAGUUCACUAUGGCUCACCUGUUAUAUUUCGGUGGCUUUUAGUGGAUGGUGACUCUUUUCCUAACGUAACUAUUAUUCAAACUAAUACGAGUUGAAAGGUGAUAUUGCGAUAAUGCUUCUUCUGAGUGGAAUUAGUGAUGCUGUAUACUUAUAAUGACAUACAUCAUGUAGCCUUGCAUAGGAGAUAUAUAUUACUUUUCAGUACACUGUAUUCUACUGAGUCUUUGUUUUGGGAAGGUGGCCAGACUUCGGAAUAAGCUGAGCGGAACACAGGUUCCGAUAGGCACAAAAAAACAACUCUCCUUGCCAAGACUUGGGAGAACAAAAGCAUCCUUUCUUUGGUCCGUCGUUGCGUAAUGCUGAAUUGCCUUUCUAUAUCUGUUCACAGUGUCUUUGCACCCUGCGCUGGCCUUGGCAAAGAAAGCAGAAUCUGCCACCUCGAUUUAUGCGGCCGCGUCCAUUCAAGACGAGAUUAAACAUUACUGUCGUGUUAAAUUAACCAAAAUGUGAUGGGAUGGCGCAUAUCAAUCACUCAUUUAUUUUGUGUCGCAUGCAAGGCUGCAGAGAAGGGCAAUUCAAAGGUGUUUGGACCUGAGGAAAUGGCCUUUGAACAGUUUACAGCUGAGAUCAGAGUUAAUCGAACGAUUCUAUCUCAGGUGAACAUGGCCUAACAGAGGCUGAGAAACAGCAUGUCAUUUUGAACCUCUGACGCCUCUGUCUCAGUCAUGGGCCCUAAACAAAUACUCUCAGUCAACUGAGGAUCCCCUUUUUUUACUGCCAGGUCUGCAGGUAAUCUUCCCCGAGUAUCUGCAGGAGAAGUUCGUCCAGUCGGCCCUCAGCUACAUCAUGUGCAACGGCGAGGGGGAGUAUGUGUGCCGAAACAGCCAGUGUGUGUGCCGCUGCGCCGAGGAGUUCCAACAAUGCAACUGCCCCAUCACCGACAUCCAGAUCAUCGAGAACACCCUGAUGGGGAUGGCAGACACCUGGGCCACCACCUACAAGGACUUUGAAAAUUCAGACGAGUUCAAGUCCUUCCUGAAGAGGCUGCCCUCGACUCACUUCCUGCCGGUGAGCAGCGUGCACCUACUUUGGGGCAGUGACUGGGAUCUCCAGGCCCGCUUCCGGCUGCUGCAGAGCUCCCUGGAGGCCCAGCGGCUGAAGAUGCAGCGUACGGCCCGCAAGCUCUUCAGCCUGAGCGUGCGCUGCCACCACAAGCCCAGCCACCAGAUGCCCAGGGAGAGGUCCGUGCUGCAGUGGCUGAACAGGGUCCAGUCCUUCUUGUACUGCAACGAGAACGGCUUCUGGGGCACCUUCCUGGAGAGCCAACGGACCUGCGUGUGCCACACGGGAGGCAGCCUGUGCCAGAGGCCCAUCCCCUGCGUGAUCGGCGGCAACAACAGCUGCGCCAUGUGCAGCCUGGCCAACAUCUCACAGUGCGGCUCCUGCAACAAGGGCUACAAGCUGUACCGCGGCCGCUGCGAGCCGCAGAACGUGGACUCGGAGCGCAGCGAGCAGUUCAUCAGCUUCGAGACAGACCUGGACUUCCAGGACCUGGAAUUGAAGUACCUGCUGCAGAAGAUGGACUCGCGCCUGUACGUGCACACCACCUUCAUCAGCAACGAGAUCCGCCUGGAGACCUUCUUCGACCCACGGUGGCGCAAGCGCAUGUCUCUCACGCUCAAGAGCAACAAGAACCGCAUGGACUACCUGCACAUGAUCGUCGGGCUCUCCAUGAAGAUCUGCCAGAUGCGCAACAGCAGUGUCGACCCCAUGUUCUUCGUUUACGUCAACCCGUUCAGUGGCAGCCACUCAGAAGGGUGGAGCAUGCCCUUUGGUGAGCAUGGCUACCCGCGCUGGGAGAGGGUGCGCUUGCAGAGCUCACAAUGCUACAACUGGACCCUGCUGCUCGGCAACCGCUGGAAGACCUUCUUUGAGACGGUGCACAUCUACCUGCGCAGCCGGGCCAAAAUGCCUACCACGCUGCGCAAUGACACUGGCCAGGGCCCCGUGGAUCUCUCCGACCCCAACAAGAGGCAGAUCUACAUCAAGAUCUCUGACAUCCAGGUGUUCGGAUACAGCCUGCGCUUCAACGCCGACCUCCUACGCAGCGCCGUACAGCAGGUGAACCAGUCGUACACCCAGGGGACGCAGUUUUACUCGUCGUCGUCCGUCAUGCUGCUGCUGCUGGACAUCAGGGACCGGAUCAACCGUCUGGCGCCCCCGGUGGCCCCCGGCAAACCGCAGCUCGACCUCUUCUCCUGUAUGCUGAAACAUCGGCUGAAACUCAACAACAGCGAGAUGAUCCGGGUCAACCACGCCUUGGACAUGUACAACACGGAGAUUUUGAAACAAUCUGACCACCUGACUACCAAACUCUGCUAAGGAAGAGAGAAAAAAUAUAUAUACAUAUAAAUAUUUACAAAACAGAUCAAGGCGGAUAACUUUUUGGAAGUUUUCACUCGACUUAUUGAUGUACUGUUGAACACUUUGUAAAUGUUAUUGUUAAUUGAAAUCGAGGAAAAAAAGAAAGAUUUUUAGUUUGGAAAAGUGACUAAAACCAUUUAACAAGACUGUAUCAUAUUUGUCCAAGCAUGUCUGUUGUUACCUUAAAGAACCUAUGGAAAGAAACAAAAGAAAGAAAAAAGAAAAAUAUGCUGACUAAGAGGCCUUGAAUUUAUUCUGAGGGAGCAAAGGUACUUUAAUAACUGCCAUUCUUAACUGAGUAAAAGCAUUUUUAAUCUAAUAAAACGAUGUAAAUGUAGACCAGAUAUAAUUUUUUUUUUAAUUUUACCAAAAAAUGUUUUGUCAAAGUAUAAAAGAGGGUAAAUAUAUUCUUCAGUUGAACGUGAAGCAUUUUAACCAUGAGGCCUGCGCAGAUGUAUGCGUUUAAUUUCACAUGACGCAGUGUUAAGAGUCUUAUUAAUAAUCAGUUACGAGUGAUGCCACGCUGAUGUUUGUCGCGAGCGGAAUUCAGUGAAAGAAAAUAACAUUAACGUUUUUCUCUGGCGUAAAAGUCAAGGUCAUUACGAUUCUGUUUUACCGUUUUAAAUAAAGACAAUAGAAACCGUC